AUGCCUCGCUCCAACAGCAUUUCCUCCAUCUCGUCGGCCUCGUCCCUCGCCGAGUCCGAAGAGAGAAUGCAGAUCUUCGUCAAGAACAUUGCAGGCGACACAAUACCACUCACCGUCCCUUCAAACACCUCUAUAUCCACUCUCCGCUCGCUGCUCGCACUGCGAACCAACCUCCCGUCGUCAGACCUCCGCCUCGUCUUCGCCGGCAAGCACCUUUGCGACUCCGAGUCUACCCUCGCCGACUACAGCAUUGCGAGGGAAGCGACACUACACCUGGCCCUACCUCUGCGUGGCGGAAUGCCGCCCAAGAAGAUCCGGUGCAGCUACAAAACCUGCAAGGACGCGGCCCAGCGCAUCGUCGGCGACUGUGGCUUCUGCUCCGGCCACUUCUGCGGGAAGCACCGCCUGCUAGAGGACCACAAGUGCGAGGGGCUCGAGGAUUGCAAGAAAGAGAGCCACGAGCGGAACGCGGACAAGCUCAACUCGGAGCGGACAGUAGCUAUCAAGGGGAUAUAA